AUGUCAACCUUUAAUGGGGUUCUUGCAGUCGACUACUUUCGGAAGAGCGAUGAUCGUCCACCACCUUUGGCUUGCUUCCUCACCCAUGUGCACACUGAUCAUCUCCAGGGCCUCGAGUCCUUCCGAGCGCCAUUCAUCUACUGUUCUCCGACCACGCGCGAGCUCCUGUUGCGGCUUGAGAAAUUCCCCCAUCGCAUUAAUUUCGAGAAGCGGAUUCUAGAAGCUCGCGAGGUGACCUACAAACAUCUCAAUAAACUGUUGCGCCCAAUUCCGUUGAAUACCCCUACGGAGAUUGAGCUCACCCCAAUCAAGAAAAUUCGUGUCACUCUUAUCGAUGCCAAUCAUUGCCCCGGGAGUGUCAUGUUGCUCAUUGAGGGCAAUGACAAGACAAUCCUCUACACCGGCGACAUCCGAGCGGAGAAAUGGUGGGUCAAUAGCCUGAUUCGGAACCCAUUUCUGAUUCCAUACACGCUGGCUGGCAAACAGCUCGAUAACAUGUAUCUCGAUACUACGUACCUGCGCCAUGCCGGUGUACCUCCGGAGACAUUCGGCUCCAAAGCCGAGGGCAUUGCAGAGCUCUUGAAAAAGGUCCAGGGCUAUUCCCCACAAACGGUCUUCCACCUCGGAGCCUGGACAUUUGGCUAUGAAGAGGUCUGGCUGACACUUGCUGCUGCACUGAGAACAAAGGUUCAUCCCGACGCAUAUCAAUUGGGGCUCUAUCAGUCUCUUGGCCAGGCCAGCAGAGGGAUCGAUGAGUCUGCGGCCUACAAUGGGUUCAGACUGGGCAACGAUAUCAUCCCAGGAUGCCUCACCAACGAAAGCGGUGACGCUCGCAUUCACUUAUGUGUGCCUCCAUGUGGUAUCGCCGCUCAUCCCGACACCGUUCACAUCAGGCCGUUCUUGAUGCGCGAGAAGGAUGGUUUCGAAGUGCCCGACAUGGGCGCUGGAGGUGGCUCAGGCGAUGUGUACAUGCGACAGGAACUUGAAUUUACGCCGAAGAUGAAAGCCAAAGAUCUAGUGCAACAAUGUCAUGACUGCAUGCUAUUCUCCAGUGAGGAGCUCCAGACCGAAUUGGCAUGCAGGUUACUCAAUGACUUCGAGACCUACGGAGGCAGACUCUCACUCAGCAAGUAUGGUAUCUCUGUGGAUGAAAAUAUCUCUCUCCAUGAGCUCGCGUGCCUUCUUGUGCACCAUGUCCUCCAGUACAAUAGAGAUAUGGCUGCAGAGGACGAAGCAAAAGUCGUUGGCAUGCCUCGAAGCAAGGUUAUCCGUUUCCCCUACGCACGGCACUCCUCGUACUCUGAGCUGUGUCAUCUCAUUAGCGUCUUCAAGCCCAAGGAUAUCCAUGCCUGUGUGGUUGACGACCGCGACGUGUCGGGAGGAAAGGAUCUUGUCGACGAAUUCUUUGGCCAUCUGCUUACUGGUCGAACUCAUGACUCUAAGGGCAUCAAGAACCGUGAGGUUCAAGUUGAGGAGACAAAUAAGGCUUGGGCGGUCGAAUUAGAAGCCCGGGAGAAUCAUGAACUCAAUGGAUUCCCAGAGCCUGCUCCCGUUGGUGAUCCUCCUGAGGACCCGCAGCCUCACAAUGCUCUGGGGCAGUUGGGAUAUGAAAGUCUACGGAGGAUGAACAACCAAUGGCUUCUUUUUGCAAACGUCGAGCACGACUUUUCGUCGCUCCCAAUUGCAGAGCCGGGCCUGACUAACAAACCGCCCCAGGUUUGUGGUCCGACCACUCCUGAUGGCGUCAAAGAGAAGCGUGACGAAAUUCAACGCGCUCAUGAGUAUCUUCAAGGACAGACCGAUCCCUCGGAGAUGCAAGUGGGACCACUCCCUCCCACCUGGUUCGGUGGCCUAGACGGUGCAGACGCCUCCAAGACCGACAAGCAAAAGAAGGAGAAGCAAGUGAAAGAGAGCGCUGAGACCAAGAAAUCGCUAACUAAAUGGACUCCGUUUAUGAUCCCCAAGCGCCCCACUACUGGAUCAGGGCAAGUCCAGGGAAGCUCAUCCUCGCAUGUCCAAUCGCCCGCCGAGCCGACUUCGAAUACCCUGCAAAGCCAGGCUUCAAUUCCCGAGUCCAUCUUGGCCCCGUCCCUGACAUCUUCACACUCUGGAAAUCUGACUCGCGAGCGACUGGAAGAGCUAGACGCUCAGCAGCGAAAGGAGAUACCCUCAGCAUCGCAGAAACGCGCUCGAGUCGAGGCAUAUCUUGCCGCCACUGAGGACAGUUUCUCCGCCUGGGCUGGGAUGAUCACUUCGGCUGGUGACAAUCACGCUGAGGAGGAGAUGGAGCUGUGA